UCGAUGUAGGCAAUAUGCGUAGCAACGUUGUUAGAAUUUCCUUAUCUCUCGAGAGUGGUCAAAAUUUCCGGAAAAAUUUUGGGUAGGGGUGACCUUCACCUUUUCGAUAUUAAUUUUAAAAUUUUCUACCACUCUCAAGGAGCGUUACGGUGGUUGUAAAGACGUAGCUGCGUAAACUAGGGAAUGUAAUAUCGAAAUAUCGAUUUUGGGGUAUUUCAACCUAAACUCUAUGUUAAAAUAUCGAAAAAUCCAAGUUCGAUAUAUCUCGAUAUUUGGAAAUCUCGAAAAUUCAAUAUCCCAUUUAUACAUAUCGAAAUAUCGAAAUAUCGAACUAAAUUCGAUAUUAGAUACGUGCCCCAGCGGAAACUGCUUAUUGAUUCGUUUAUUUACAGAAACGGUCGAAAUUGAGAUGGACACUUCGCAAGCCCCUGAUUUGAGAAAUUAUGGGGAAGAAAUCAAGCAAAUCAUGACGGAUUGGUUUCCAUUCGUUCAAAAUUUAAUGGCAACCUCUGCCUACAAACCGGUGAGAAAGAUUCGAGUCUUUUUCAGUUCCAAGGAUGAAGGUGUCGCUUGGGCAGGUGGGAACGAAAUUGGGGCCAAUGCAGCCUGGCUGCGAAGAACGGGGUUGAAAGACAAGGGCUGGAUUGUGCACGAAAUGACGCACAUCCUCCACCAGGCGAGGGGCUGUCCGGGAUGGAUUGUCGAAGGGAUGGCGGAAUGGACGAGGAGGUGGCAUUUUGAACCUUGGACUCACACAACGAAACCGACAUGGGAAGAGAAAGGGGCGAACUCACAGCCGGAAGGAAACGGCUGGCUGGUCGUGUAUCUCAACUCUGUUACUGGGAAGCCAUUAAUUUACGAGAUGAACAAGGCCUGUCAAACUGGGACGUGGCAUGACAAUUGGUUGAAGGAGAGGACCGGCAAGUCAGACAAGGAAUGGUGGGAUGUCAUGUUGAAGGAUAAAUAUUACCCGUGGCAGAGGAGGGCAUAGAAUUUUUGUGAAUUUUUGUGAAUUUAACCCAUGGAAUAAACACGUAUCGAAAUAAAUCACCUUAACACAAUCA